CCAGGUGCGCGCGGCUGUCACUCCGGCCUCCCCUCUGCUACGCGAGCUCCUCGCCUGUGCCCGGCCGGCGUCGCGCCUCAGGACCUGCCAUGUUCCGCAGGCUGGGCUGGCCGGUCCUGUACAGCCUGGCUGUGCUGCUGCCAAGCUGCCUGCUCUUCCUGAAGAAGGAGCCCAAGCCGCCACGGGGCCCCACGGCCCGCCAGCUCUUCUGGGCUCCCGCGGGGCCCCGCCGCAGCCAGUGUCCUCCCAACCACACAGUGGCUAAUGCCUCCCUGUCCCUGCCUAGCCGUCACCGCCUCUUCUUGACCUAUCGCCACUGCCGCAACUUCUCUGUCUUGCUGGAGCCUUCAGGCUGUGCCAAGGACACCUUUCUGCUCUUGGCCAUCAAGUCGCAGCCUGGCCACGUGGAACGGCGUGCGGCCAUCCGCAGCACCUGGGGCCGGGCGGGGGACUGGGCUAGGGGCCAGCAGUUGAAGCUGGUGUUCCUCCUAGGGGUGGCAGGACCUGUGCCCCCAGCCCAGCUGCUGGCCUAUGAGAGUCGGGAGUUUGAUGAUAUCCUACAGUGGGACUUUGCUGAGGACUUCUUCAACCUGACACUCAAGGAGCUGCACCUGCAGCGCUGGGUGGCGGCUGCCUGUCCCCAGGUCCACUUCAUGCUAAAGGGAGAUGACGAUGUCUUUGUUCAUGUCUCCAAUGUGCUCGAGUUCUUGGAUGGCUGGGACCCAGCCCAAGACCUCCUAGUAGGAGAUGUCAUCCACCAGGCCCUGCCCAACAGGAACACUAAGGUCAAAUACUUCAUCCCACCCUCCAUGUACAGGGCCCGCCACUACCCACCCUAUGCUGGGGGUGGAGGGUAUGUCAUGUCCAGAGCCACCGUGCAGCGCCUCCAAGCAGCCGUGGAAGAGGCUGAACUCUUCCCCAUCGAUGACGUCUUUGUGGGUAUGUGCCUGAGGAAGCUGGGGGUGAGCCCCAUGCACCAUGCUGGCUUCAAGACAUUUGGAAUACGACAGCCCCUGGACCCCUUGGACCCCUGCCUGUACAAAGGGCUCCUACUCGUACAUCGUCUCAGCCCCCUGGAGAUGUGGACCAUGUGGGCAUUGGUGACAGAUGAGGGGCUCAAGUGUGCAUCUGGCCCCUUGUCCUAGCUCUGAGGGGUGGGCUGAGUGAGUGACUCAGUGCUGAUUUUCCUAUCAUGAUGAGAAACUGAGAACCUUGAAGCUUGAUCCUUGAUUAACGUCUACAGGAAAUGCUGAAUUGGUUUUGUAACCCCCUCCCACACCUUGCAAACUUGGAUUAAAAACACUUGAAACCUG